CACCUGAAUAAUCUUAAGAAAAUGUCGUCAGUAUUCCUACCCAAAAUCAUUGUGCAAAAUAUUAUUUAAAGUUGUUAGUAUUCGGUAAAGUUGAUUUUUAUUUAAACGUUGAACUUUAAUUCACAAACAAUAUUUAACUGUGAAAUCCUUCUACUCGUAAUAAAUAGUUAUAAUUCUGACCAAUAACACAUAUUCUUGAGUUUAUAAUAUCGAAUCCUCAGAUCAGCUGAGAUAGUAGUGAUUAUAUUUGUUGCCAAGGAAACUCUAGCAUGAAACGAGUUAAUCCCUUGUCAGUAAACCACUCCCAGUGGGCUAUCUUCAGAAUAUCGGUACUUGAUUUAUCUCACCGACAAAGAUUCUCGGGGCACUUGACAAGCUAACUUGUGUUGGUGGGUGUCGGUUAGACAGCAGUUCGUCGGAGGAGGUCGACGACGCGACACGGAACAAUGGCGAUGCUGACUUGGACCAUUAUUGGGCUGCUGGCGCUCUGCCACUCGAGUAUAGCUUACACCAAAUUCCCUCCUGGGUUCACGUUUGGCGUAGCGACAGCUUCCCAUCAGAUUGAAGGUGCCUGGAAUGUCAAUGGCAAAUCCGAAAAUGUUUGGGACCGUCUGUCUCACACGCGUCCCGAGAUGAUCGCUGAUGGUACCAACGGUGACAUUGCCUGCGACUCCUACAACCGCUAUCUGGAGGAUGUAGAGGAACUGGAAUAUCUUGGAGUUGACUUUUACCGGUUCUCUCUGUCUUGGGCACGUAUCUUGCCCACUGGCCGCGUAGAUCAAAUCAACCCUGAUGGAAUCCGCUACUAUAACGAUCUCCUUGACGCUUUGGCUGCGAAGAACAUCGAACCUCUCGUGACCCUGUUCCAUUGGGACCUGCCCCAAACUCUGCAAGAUCUUGGCGGCUGGGCGAACCCUAAAAUGGUUGACUACUUCCGUGACUACUCUGACGUGUGCUUCAGAGAGUUCGGAGCCAAAAUCAAGUCUUGGAUCACGUUCAACGAGCCUUAUGAGAUCUGCGAGGAUGCUUACGGUGAUGAGAAGAAGGCUCCAGCUGUGAACAGCCACGGUGUUGGUAACUACCUGUGCAGUGACAACCUGCUGAAGGCUCACGCCGAGUCCUACCACUUGUACAACGAGACCUACCGCCCAGUCCAGAACGGAAGGAUCAUGAUUUCCAUCAACUCCAUCUGGUAUGAGCCCAGUGACCCUUCCAACGCCGAACAGGUUGUUCUUGCCGAAGUAGCCAAUCAGUUCAAAUUUGGUUGGUUCGCGCACCCUAUUUUCACCGUUGAAGGAGGAUACCCUGCAGUGAUGGUUGAAAACGUGGCUCGUCAGAGCGCAGCUGAGGGUCUUCCCAAAUCGCGUCUAGAGCAGUUUGACGACUACUGGAUUCAGAGGAUCAAGGGUACAUCCGACUUCCUUGGUAUCAACCACUACACCACACAUUUGGUCACUGGACCCGGAGUCGACCCCACCGCUAAGUCACCAUCUUGGUUGAAAGACAUCGGCGCAGUUACCACCAUGGAAGUCGGUGGUGAUUCUGCUUCAGAGUGGCUUAGGGUAGUGCCAACUGGCUUCGCCAACCUGCUCCGUUGGUGCAAGAGCUCAUACAACGACCCACCGAUCUACAUCACAGAGAACGGUUUCUCAGACUUGGGUACCUUGCUGGACUACGACCGUAUCAAGUAUUUCAAUGAUUACUUGAGCGAGAUCCUGAACGUGAUCUACGAUGACGGCGUCAAUGUGCUCGGCUACACCGCCUGGACCCUCAUGGACAACUUCGAAUGGAGGGCUGGAUUCUCCGAGCGUUUCGGCUUUUACUAUGUAAACAUUACUGACCCCGAACGCCCGCGCACCAAGAAACUCUCAGCCGACUACUACCGCGACCUGAUCGCUAACCGAGAGCUACCUCAGGACGAGCGCUACAAGAUUACGACAACACCAAGAAGUGAGUUGUAAUAUAUCGUCGUAUAAAUGUAUAAACACGUGGGAAGUGAAAUAUGUAAUAGGUAUUAAAACAAAUAUUUAUUUAAUUCAUAUAAGAAUAUCGAAUUAUUUACAAUGAAAUUAUAGUAAAUUAAUAACGUUGA